UUAGUAUUUUAAAAAGGUGUUUGUUAAAUCUUAUAUUAUUAUUCAAAUAGGUACUCUUGGAUAUUUUUGUAAUUUACAAUGGUUUUUACUACGGCAAUGAUGAUGGUGAGAAGUAGAGGCCCAGAUGAGUUUUGGAGAAAAAGGAAAAUUUUCAAAAUUGCUGCUCACUUUUCGGGUCGCCGAAGAAAUUGUUAUUCCAUUGCCAUUAAGGCGGUUCACCGUGCUCUUCAAUUUGCUACAAUUGGACGGACUGUGCGAAAAAGUGAUAUGAUUGAUCUAUGGAAUACUCGCAUUAAAGCAGGGUGUGAAGAACAUGGAGUUGAAAUAAAUAAUUUUAAGGAUAGUUUAUCAAGAUGUGACAUUCAAUUGAACAAGAAAGUUUUAGCUGAUUUAGCUAUUUGGGAACCUAACACUUUUAGAGCCCUGUCUGAUCUAGCAAAGUCUGUAGCAAUUGAUUAUAACUUACCAGGUACUGAAAAAUAUGACAAGCCAUCAAAUGUAGUCACGAGAGGUUUAUUGAAGAAAUAAUUUUGUUUKAUAUUGUCUUUUUUAAAUGAAUCAUAAAACCUUAUAUAUUUUUUAGAAACAGAAAUAAA